AUGUCCACUCCCAAUGCACGCACACUCAGCCACAGACAGGCGAAACAGCUCGCUGUGCUUCUCUCUGAUGACCAUACGCCCGACUAUCUAUUCCACAACAACUCUGAAGCUCAAUUCGACCGGGGCAUCCUUGUCUCGCAAAUCUUUGUCCAAAUUGGGUUCCAUGGCAAAGGCGAUGUCAACGAAGACGAGCGCAUUAUUUCAUCGAAAGAAGCUUCCUACAAACUGGGAAUCCACACUGGUCUCGCCUACAGAGCAAACGGGUCGUUACGGAUGCACCAGACUGGGCUCACGACUCAUGCGCUCUCAGAGGAACGUCAAAGCAUUUUGAGCAUGGCACCAACGGAUGAAGGCUCGAUCGCAUCCAGUGAAAUCACGACACCUCUUGACGUCGAUGUUUCCAAUCCUUGGGAUAAUGUGCCUCUAUUCAAAGCUCCAAACGCCAUGUGCAAUGUUUCAGAGGAGCCCGAGCUACAAGAGUCAUCCUUGGAUACUCUAGAGACCGAAGAGAUCCAACGCAUCCUACCCGUCACGCGAGUGGUACAGCACACAGUCCAGUCUGAGGCGACUCUAUCUGACGAAGGACCAAUCACCAGCAUCCACUUUCAGCCGACUAUUGACACCGUCCGGCGGGUUGCUUCAUCUGGUCGACUGCAGUGA